AUGUAAUAGUUAAUUUAAAACAAUCUAAGACAGGAUGUUUAAUCUAUUGAUAAUUCAAAUUUUAGUAAUACUCAAGACUAAAUUAAAUUAGAUGAUUAGUUUUCAAAAAAAAUAUAAGCCUUAUUAGAAUAUGGAUUAUAUGAUUAAGCAUAUGAAAGAGUGAUGAGAAAUAAAUAAUAUGUUUAAGAAAAUUUGUAAUUGCUCAUAGAAUUGUAUUUUCAUUUCAAUAUUGUAAAGAGCAAGGUUAUUUAAUAAUUUUAAAUAACAUAAAUUAGCUUUAGAAAUUAUCAAGUUAUCAAAUGUAUUUAAUUAAUAAUUGGACAUGCAUUAAGAUCAAUAAAUGAUUAUUUUUAAACAAUACUAUUUAGAGACUUUAGUUGAAAUGUUUGAUGUCCAAGAAGUAAUUAAAGAAACUAAAAAUAUUUAUAAUGAAUAAAUAAGAAAGGUAUAAUCAUGAAAUAAGGCAUAGACAAUAUAAGAAGAAUUAAAUUUGAUUGAAACAUAGAAAAAAGGGUUAAUUCAUUAAGGCAAACAAUAACAAAAUCAAGUUCAUGAGCAUCGCCAUUAAUAACUAACAAUAGAAAUUCCUAAAUAAAAACGAUAUCUAUUUUCUAAAGUAAUUGGACGAAAGACAGUUGUAUUACUCUUUGUUUUAUUUUUAAUGAUAUGCUAUUCAAUAAAGAAAAAGAAUGAUUUGAAAUUCGUAUUGGAAAAAUUGAAAAUAACAUUUAAAUAAUUAUUAAAUAUAUGA